AUGGACGAGCAGGUUCGGCAGCAGUUCGAACUGCUGAGGCAGGAGUUCGCGGCUCGAAUGAGUCAGACCGCCGACGAGAUGCGGAGGCUGGAGAACGAGAAUCAGCGGCUUCAGCAACAAGUAGCAGGAGGCCUCGCGGCAAUUCCGCAGGCGAUAGAACGGAUGGGCGAGCAGAUCAGAGGCGCGUCGAGCGCAGGAGGAGCCGCUCCCGGUCUCGUAGACACCAAGGGGAUUGGCAAGCCCACAACGAUGGGCGACGAUCAAGAGAAGUUCGGGGCUUGGAAUCGCAAGAUGGAGAACUACGUGAUAGGCGUGUACGGAGAGAGCUUUCGUCCCGUUCUUCGGUGGGCUGCAGAAGCCGAACGCCCCGUGACGAUCGAGGGGGCACAGGCGGCGCACGGCGGAGUACCCGAGCUGGAGACCAAGGUCAACCAGCUGUACGCGGCGCUGAUCAGCACGACGGCGGACGGCAGCGAGAGCAACGACCUCGUGACGGGCGCCCCCGAUGGGAACGGUCUAGAGGCCUGGCGGAAGCUUCACCGCAGGUGGGAUCCGACGACAGGUCCGAGGAAGCGGCUGAUCCUGAGGUCGAUCAUCUCGCCUCCGAAGUGCAGCGCGGACGAACUGGGAUCAGCCUUAGAGAAGUGGAUCCAGCAGAUAGGCAGGUACGAACGCCGCCAAGGAGAAGAUGGUCUAGCCGAGCUGCCAGAGGAUAUCAAGAUGGCGGCCCUCGAGAUGCUCGUGCCUCAGGACAUCGAGAACCACCUCGUCCUCAACAAGCAUCGGCUCAUCACGUUCCAGGACAGUCUGAACGAGGUGAUGACAAUCGUGGAGGCUCGGACCGGCGUGAAGAUCAAGGCGGCAGGCAGCCUGGAGGAGGAGCCUGAAGCGGAGGUCGCCGCUCUGGACAUGGGCAGCUUGGACUGCCUGGAGCUCGCCAGCGGCAGCGGCCGCGGCGUAGCAGCGGUCGACCUCUCCCCCUUCGCGCAGGACGACUGGAUGAAGUUCAACUGGGACAGCGGUGCAGCUAUCUCAGCAGUCCCUCGGAGCUUCGCGCCGCCGACGGGAAUGAAGGGCAACGGCAGCACGUAUCGCACGGCCAGCGGUGAGCUCGUCCCGGACGAGGGCAGCUUGCAGCUCAAGGCGGAGGACGAGUACGGAGUGCUACGAGCGCUCAAGGGACGCGUGACGAACGUGCACAAGCCGCUGAUCUCGGUGGGGCAGGCAGCAGGAGCUGGACAGCGUUCAUUCCUGGGCCGCAAUGGCGGCUGGAUAUUCCACGAGAAGAGCCCAAUCGGCAAGCGCGUGGUAGGCAUGCUCGAGAAGGAGGCGAAGGCGGCGAAGCACCAGAUGCUGCCGGUCUAUCGCGAGCAGGGUGUCUACAACUUCUACCUCAAGAAGGGCCAACAUGGCUCGGUUGCUCCUCUCGAGGAGGGACUUUCGGCAAAGUCGAAGUCCGAGCUGGUGGAGCUCCUCAGCGGCAAGUCGAAGGAGGAGCUGCUGGAGAUCCUCGAGAAGACAGCACCUCAUGAGCCCUCUCAGAGGGAGAUCGCUGAACACGAGGCGAUGGGACACGCGACUUAUCGCAGCUGGUGUCGCGUGUGUAUCGCGGCAAAGGGCCAAGGCCAGCCGCAUCUCCGCGCACCGGAGGACGACGAGACAGCGGUGCCGGUGAUCUCAUCCGACUACGCCUUCAUGGGCCAGGAUGACGCGGACACCAUGCCGAUGCUGGUCCUUAGGGAUCGGCGCUCGAAGAUGAUGGCAGCGACAUUCGUGGAGAAGAAGGGCGACGACGCCUACGCCAUCAAGUUCUUCGCACGCUUCUUACGGAUCCUGGGCUACAGGAAGAUCGUCAACAAGUCCGACGGCGAGCCCGCGAUCCUGCUGGUCAAGAGGCGUGCGGUGGAGGAGGUUCCUGGCCUCGAGGCCAUUCCUCAGGAAUCGGCACCGGCCGAUCAUCAGGCCAAUGGGGAGAUCGAGGUCACGGUGCGCGAGAUCAAGAAGCAGGUGCGGGCGCUCAAGAUGGACCUGGAGUCCAAGCUGGGCGUCAAGGUGGAGGACAAGCACCCGGUGCUAGCGCACCUGCCGGAGCACGCCGCAUCGGUAAUCAACCGAUACCGGCGCGGCCAGGACGGCAAGACCGCUCUUCAGCGGCUCGCGGGACGGCAGUGGAGGAAGCCAGUCCCGCUCUUCGGCGAGCGCUUGAUGGCGCGGUUCGCCGGGGAGCGCGCGAGGAAGAACGCGCUGGAGGAGCAGAUGGUGGAGGCCCGCUACAUCGGCCACCACCCGCGCGACGGCUCGAUGAUGGUCAUCACGAGCGACGGCGUGAAGAAGGCGGUCGGCUUUCGCAGCCUGCCGCAGAGCGAGAAGUGGAUCACGGCGGGCUGGGAUGGCCUGAAGGGCCUGCCGUGGGACGUGGCUCCGCGUGCGGCAAGCGCGCCGCGGGCCAUCGUCGGACCUGGAGAGGUCGGUCCGCCACCAAUUGUGGUGGCGCCGCCGCAGCCGCAGGCGCCGAGGAGGAUGUACGUCCUCAAGGCGGACAUCGAGCGGCUGGGCGCAACGCCGGGAUGCCCAGGGUGCGUCUCGAUCGCCAAGCACGGCCGGGUGCUGGCUGGCCACGCGCACAACGCGGCGUGCAGCAAGAGGAUCUUCGAAGCGCUGGACGCGGAGGAGGCAGGCCGGGAGAGGACCGGCCAGUAUCGAGAGCGGAGGCAGGGCCAAGAGGCCAGAGUCCGACCAGCGGCAGCGGCCGCGGCAGGGACCCCUCCGCCGAAGACGGCUCGGAGGAUCACCGAGCCGGUGGCAGCGGCGGCGGCGGCAUCGGCCGCGCCGGCCGCGACCCGAUCGGCAGCAGCGCCAGCCGUGGCAGCCACAGCGGCGCGCAUGCGAGAGAGCCAGCCGGUAGCACCGGGCUUCGGCGUGGCGGCUCCUUCAGGAGGAGCGAGCUCCAGUUCGGGAGCGGCGCGAGCGGCAGAGGCCGCCGCGGAUGUCGACAUGACCGCGUCCAGGUCGCGGCUGAAGCGCUUGGCGGAGGUGGCCCCGGAUGACGUGCCGGAGGCCCUCGAGCGCGGUGAUCCACAGCCGGCAGACGUGCCGGUACAGGUGGACAUGGAGGAUCUCGCGGCGCAGCCAGCGCCAGCGGAAGGACCUCAGCUGCCAGCUGGAGUGGCAGUCGUGUGGAACGCCAGUGAGGGGAGGCACAUGCGGGUGCUCGCCCUCGAUGUGGCGUCGAUCGAGCUGGUUGAGCUCGGAGUGCUGACGAGAGCGAAGGCGGAGUUGCUCCCGCUCGUUCGCGAACAGGUCAGUGGCCAUUGGGCCAGCGCCGGCGCGGACAUCGCCGACGAAGAGGUGGACAGCAUCGCCCUAUCGGCGUUGCAGCUGGGCGCCGUGGACGUGGCCGAGGUGUACUCGCCACAUCGGUUCUCGGCUCGGGCAGCGGAAUUUCAGCUGCGCCCGGGCUUCGCGGCGGACCUGGAGGAACUCAAGGGGGACGGGACGCCGUGGGACUUGCGGCGCCCCGAAGAUGUCAAGGAGCUCGAGAGGCAGCAAGAGCGGAUGGAUCCCAUCCUGCUCACGGGGUCCCCUCCAUGCGAGAAGUUCAGCUUGCUGAGGGGCCUGAGCGCCAAGUUCAGGACCGAUGAGCAGGAGGCGGUCGAGAUGGAGGAGGCCAGACACCACCUGAAGGUGGCAGUCGACGCCUACUGGCGUCAGCUCAGGAAGCCAGGCAGGUACUUCCUGCAUGAGCAUCCCUGGAGUGCGCGAUCGUGGAAUGAGGACAUCGUCAAGGAGCUGGUCGCGCAUCCAGGAGUUUUCACGGUCAAAGGCCCCAUGUGUCGGUGGGGCAUGAAGCUCACGAACCCCCGCAGUGGCCAGGAGGAGUUCGUGCGCAAGGAGACCGGAUGGGUCACCAACCAUCCAGGCUUAGCCCGGAGGCUGCAGGGCACUUGCAGCAAUGUGGACGGCCGCGCGGAAUGGCAUCGCCACAUCACGCUCGUGGGCGGCAUCGCGCGGUUCGCGAAGGUCUAUCCACCGAAGUUGGUGGAGGCAGUGCUGGAGGAGCUCAAGGACACGCUGGAUGACGUGGGGGAGCUCAGCACCGCCCAGGUGCAGCAGUCGGGCCCGGUCCCUGUGGACGCGGCAGUGCCACCCGGGGACUGGGCGAGUUACUGGGACGACGUCAAUGGCGGCUACCUGGAGGCGGGCCUUGUGGCCCAGGCUCGCGCGGUCGAGCGCGAGUGGGUCAAGAAGCAGGAGCUGAUCGAGAUCGUCCCGAGGUCUCAGGCUUUCGCCGAGACUGGGCGUCCGCCCAUCCCACUCAAGUGGGUUGACACGAACAAGGGUGACGCGGAGAGGCCCAACUACAGGAGCAGGCUCGUCGUGAAGGAGAUCAAGGCGAAGAAGCGCCCUGACGAGCAGCUGGAGGCGUCCGAGGUCUUCUCGGCCAUGCCUCCUCUGGAGGCCAUGCGGUCGCUGGUCUCGCUGAGGGUCACGUGGACGCGGGAACCACCGCUCCACAUUCAGGAGUCGCUUCGCAAGAAGGGCAGGAAGCCGGGCAACUUCAAGAUCGGCUUCUUCGACAUCAGCAGGGCGCACUUCUACGGGAAGCCUGGCAGCUCGGAGACGUCGCUGAGCGCUGAGAGCGAGCUGGCUCAGUCGGCCGAGGACGUCUCCGAGCUGCAGCCUGGCAGCUCGGAGACGUCGCUGAGCGCUGAGAAGGGCCUGUCAACAGCCUGA